AUGGCGAGGAGAAACAAUCGCCCCCCAAAGCUGCAAGUGGACGUCCCGGCGCCGCAGCCGGUUACGCCGCCAAGGAACCUAGACAGCCGCACCACAAUCACCAUAGGCGAGCAGACGUUCGAGGUGGACGCGGACGGGCUGGAGAAAAUCUGCGACUUGGGACGAGGGGCUUAUGGCAUUGUGGAGAAAAUGCGACACGUCCAGAGCGGGACUGUGAUGGCCGUGAAAAGGAUAACCGCCACGGUUAAUACUCAAGAACAGAAACGCCUCCUGAUGGACUUGGACAUAUCAAUGCGCUCGAGUGCUUGCCCGUACACAGUCCACUUCUAUGGCGCACUCUUCCGCGAAGGAGAUGUGUGGAUCUGCAUGGAAGUCAUGGACACGAGCUUGGACAAGUUCUACCCGAAAGUGUUCAAGAACAACAAAACAAUGAGUGAAGAUGUUUUGGGAAAGAUUGCCAUUUCCGUAGUCAAUGCCCUUCACUAUUUGCAUGCCGAGCUGAAAGUCAUCCACAGAGACGUGAAGCCUUCGAACAUAUUGAUAAACAGGAAGGGUGAGGUGAAGAUGUGUGAUUUUGGUAUUUCAGGAUAUUUAGUUGAUUCUGUAGCAAAAACUAUAGACGCGGGAUGCAAGCCGUAUAUGGCACCAGAACGAAUUGACCCCACAGGGAAUCCAGGUCAAUACGACAUCCGAUCAGAUGUAUGGUCAUUAGGCAUUAGUAUGAUAGAAAUGGCCACUGGCAAAUUUCCCUAUAGUACGUGGGGAACCCCAUUUGAACAACUGAAACAGGUUGUCAAAGACGAUCCACCACGCUUAGAACCAGGUAAAUUUUCCAAAGAUUUUGAAGAUUUCAUUGCUAGUUGUCUGCAGAAAAAAUACACUGAUCGCCCGAAUUACGAGAAGCUAUUAGCACACGAAUUCAUAACAGAACACAUACGACGAAAUACCGACAUUACAUCGUUCGUGGAAGAAAUUCUCAAUCUUCCCGACUAGUGUAAGAAGAAAAAUAUAAUUCACAUGAACUGGUUAUGCCAAAAAUUGAAAUGCAUUUGCCUAUGAGAAAUAUUUUCUCCCUGUUCACGUUCGUUUCGUAAAUCAACCAGUCGUCAUAGAUUGCAUUGUGAAUUAUACGCGUAGAUUGAAAUAGAAACUGCAAAACCGAUUGUCUGCCAUCUGUGAAA